CCUGUUACUGGUGUGUCUCUCUACUUCAGCCUGACUACUGCAGGUCAACUCUCUCUCUCUCACACACUCACACUCACACACGCUGCAAACAUGAUGGAAGAAGUGUCUAUCUCUGUGGCUUACAAUGCCCACAUCAUCAACCAGAUGUCCGAGGAAGAAAUCCUGGCCAGCCUAGUGGCGGAGUCCUUACCCAAACAAACAGUCCCCUCUAAGAAGCUGAGAGAGGAAGACCCCCUUGACAGAUACCAGCAGGAGAACGUGCGCCUCCACGAGACCAGUCUGCGUCUGGAGCAGGAGAACGAUCACCUGGCCCACAAACUCGUCACCAGCAAGAUUGCCCUGAGGAAUUCUCUAGAUCAGGCUGAGGACCAGGUUGACGAGUUAACUCAAGAGCUUUCCAAAGCCAGGCACCAUUUGGAGGUGACAGAAAAAGAGAAGAGAGAGAAGGAAGCGGAGGCCACUCAGCUGAAGGAAGUAUUUAGGAAAGAGUUGGACAAAGCAGGUGCAGAGAUCAACAGGUCAAACAGCAUCAUAGCAGAUUACAAGCAGAUCUGCUCCCAGCUCAACACACGCAUUGAGAGGCAGCACACCGCCAACACUGAAGAACUUGCUCUAAUUAAGAGCAAAGUGAUGGAAUGUGAAAAGUGUUGCAAGCUCUUCAGUGAGGACGGCACACUUCAGCAAGAUGACUCGAGAAGUCUGAUAAAUCCCUCAGCUUGCAGAGAGAGGGACACGCUCCAAGACCAGAUCCAAGACGUGGAGAGAGAGUUGGCCCAGACUAAGCUUCAGAUGGUCGAGGCCAAGUGCAGGAUACAGGCAAGCUCUAGUUCAUAUUAUUAAUCUACAUUGAAAAAAGUUUUGCUGAUUAUCAGAGAGCUAGAAUGAAUCGAGUUAAUGAGUGGUAUUGUGCCAUCCCACAGGAACUGGAGCACCAAAACGGAGCGCUGAUGACUGACCUCCAAGUCGCCAAGAACGGCUGGUUCAGAAAGACCCUCGGUUCCUUAAGGACAGCCACCACCAGCAGCGCACAGCCCCCCACACCCGGAGACGAGAUCCUGGCUCCGGUCAGCAGAUCGCGCUCUGGGUGGGUGAACACCAGGAGACUCUCCUGGGCCCUGAGAGAGGGGAGGAGAGCUCAGGUGUGAGCCCACGGAGAACGGGGAACCAGCACUGUUUUACAAGACCUCAGCGCCAGAACACGAGAGACAAGCUUUAGAGGUGCUGCUUCCCUGAGCAAGGGUGUGUUUCUCUGGGCAAAUACCGCCAUUAAAAGAUAGAAAGACUGAGAU